GAGCCUGCUGCACUACCGGCACAAGGCGCGGUGGCCCGAAGUGCUGUCGCUUUGUGGAGAAGCUGCUGCUGCAGUUGAAGUCUGCGCCUACAGGGAGUUUUUAGUUUCUCUCCCCCCGGCCGCAGACGCGGGCAGCCUCGCCCCCUUUUUGGACAAAUUUUAUUCUGCUGCAUUUUCUUCCUUCGAGCCAGUCAUCUCGACUUUGUGGGAGUUGCUGCUGGCAGCAGAAGGCACAGAGCAGCAGCAGCAGCAGCAGCAGCAGCAGCAGCAGCAGAGGGGCGCUGCAGGCGGGGCGGCGGGCAAGACGCCCGCAUUCCUGAGGGCCAAGCAGCAGGAGCUGAAGCUCUUCAGGCCGCAGCUGGACUUCGCGUUUGGGACUUGCGUGCGGGUGUUUGGCUGCUGCCGCGUUUUGGGGGAGGAAAAGAAAAGUUCUGUUUGCAGAUUGUUUUUAUCUUUUGCUGCUGAUGCUGCUGCUUCUUUCGAGACUUUUGCUGCUGGCAGCAACGUGUGGCUGCUGCCGCUGCUGCAGCGCUUCGUCUGCAGAGACCAGCUCAGCUUCUUUGUCCAGCAUGUGCUCCCGGCGGCUGCUGCAGCGCAGCAAAGAGCAGAAGCAACAGCAGCAGCAGCACCGGCGGAGAGCAAGGACUGGGUUCGGGUGUACAGACAGCUGUGGGGUUUGCUGCCAGCCUUUGCUUCGCAACCACUGGACCUUUUUUGCUGCUUGGAAGCAAAAAGUUGGAAAGAAGAAUUAAAAGGAGUUGAAGCAGCAGUUGGGGGUUCAAAAGAAGAUUUAAAUUCUCCAAAAAGUGGAAAGAUAAGCAAAAAUGAUUUCCAAAAACCCCUGCUGCUGCCACGACUCCUCGAGCUGCUGCACAACAGCAGCUUGAGAGAUGCUGCAUGCAGUUCAAUUGUGGCUUUCGCGAAGUCUGCUGCUGCUCCCGGAGCCCAGACACCGCUGCUGCAGCAGCAGCAGCAGCAGCAGCAGGGGGCGCUGCUGCAGCUGGGCUGGGCCGCGGCGGAGCAAAGAGCUGCGCCCAGCGGGGCCCCCACUGCAGCAGAAAGCCAGUUGCUGCUGCUGCUGCAGCGGGUGGCGGAGGCGGUUGCUGCAGCAGCAGCGGGCGAGGGCUCUGCAGCUGCAGUGCGAGCAGCUGCUGCUGCUGCUGCCGCUGCUGCCCACGUCUGCAGCCCCACAGACAGCAGCCUGCUUCCUGCUGCAGUCAUGGCAGCAGCAACAGCUGACAGCAACAGAAGAGCUCUUGCCCAAUACGCAGAAGAAAUCCUCAGCUUUGUCACAGUUCGCUAUUUGCUGCUUCACAAAGACACAGCAGCAGCAGCAACAGCAGCAGCAGCAAGGCCAGAUGAGGCCGCGUUUGCUGCUCUCUCGGAAUCCGCCAAAGCGAAAGCAGCGCAGCAGCUGCUGCUCGCUAUACGGGCCUUUGCGCCUUUGUGCCCGCGGGCCCUCAUGGAGACGAACGCCCGGCGCUUCUCUGCUGCUCUGCUUGCUGCUGUUUCUGCUGCUGCUGCUCCUGUUGCUGCUGCUGCUGCUGGCGGCAGCACUGGGGCCCCCCUGCUCGCCCCCAAAGAGUGUGGGGCCCUGCUGGACAUCUGUGGGGCCCUCAGGCCCUUUGCAGCACCGGAGAUCGGCAGGGAGCUCUUCGAAGCAACACUGACGCUACUGCGUCGCUGCAACGAAGCCCUCAGCAGCAGCAGCAGCAGCAGCAGCAGCAGCAGCCGAGCUCUGCUGCGGACGCUGCAGCGGAAGGCCUACAUGUCCUUAAAACAUGCACUGGAAGAUGGAGGAGAGCGCGAGCAGCUGCUGGGGGUUUGGGCAGCUCUUAAGGAAAGCUGCGGAACAGCAGCAGCAGCAGCAGAUUUGAAGCAGCGGCUUUGCUGCCUGGAGGCGCUGCUGCAGUCCUUGGGGAAACACAAAUCCGAGUUUUCUGAAGAGGCAUGGGGGCAGCUGCUGGGGGAGCUGCUUCCUGCUGCAGUGCCGGAGCUGCUGCUGUCGCUCAAAGACCUCAACAAAAAAGCUCGAGCAGCAGCAGCACAAACCCUCGACACUCUCGCCCAACUCUGCGAAGGCAGCCAGCUCCACUUGUCUGCCCUUGUCACUUAUGUUGCUGCUGGGUUUGGAGGCCUCACCCCGGAGACGGGGGGCCCCCAGGGGGCCCCGGGGGCCCCCCCCCUUUUGAAGUCUGCUGCUGCUCUUGCGCUUGGCCGGCUGUUUGACCUUUACUGUUCGUAA